CUUCUAUGUCCGGUAGGAAACAGCAACAUUUGCCAUCGUGUCAUGUCGUGUGACAACUGAAGAUGGCGGCUACUAGUGCGGCAUCGGUGUGUCAGUACUGGAAGCGCUUUGACUUGCAGCAGCUGCAGAGAGAGCUAGACAGCACCGCCACACUAUUGGCCAGCCGACAGGAUGACAGCGAGCAGUCCAGGAAAAAACUCAUCGACCAGAGCCGUGAAUUUAAGAAGAACACUCCAGAGGAUCUGAGGAAGCUUGUGGCUCCGCUGCUGAAGAGUUUUCAGGCUGAGAUUGAUGCGCUGAGCAAGAGGAGUAAAGAGUCAGAGACGGCCUUUCUAAACGUCUAUAAACGUCUGAUUGAUGUGCCAGAUCCGGUGCCGGCAUUAGAGCUGUCGCAGCAGCUGCAUCUGAAGGUUCAGAGGAUGCAUGACAUCGAUACAGAGAACCAGAAGCUGCGUGAGACACUUGAAGAAUACAACAAAGAGUUUGCUGAGGUCAAGAACCAGGAGGUGACCAUUAAAUCACUAAAGGAGAAGAUCAGAGAGUAUGAGCAGAGUAUGAAGAACCAUGCAGAGAAUCUGGCCUUGGAGAAACAGCAACAGAUUCAUAAAGACUACGCUGAGAAAGAGAGGAAGUUCCAGGAGACGCAUGAGUCUUUGGCUGGUAAACUGCAGGAAGCUGAACUCAAAGCCCAGACCUUGCAGACAGCACUUGAGCGAACUCAGGCAGAGCUUUUUGACCUGAAAACCAAAUAUGAUGAAGAGUCAACUGCAAAGGGUGAUGAGAUUGAUAUGGUGAUGACUGAUCUGGAGCGAGCCAAUCAGAGAGCAGAAGCUGCUGAGAGGGAGGUUGUUGCUUUGAGAGAGCAGCUCACUUCAGCUAACAAAUCAACCCAACUGCCUACACGGAUCGACUCAACUCCAUACACGGAUGAGAGUGCUGAGCUGGUGCCACGCUCAAGUCUUGAGGCGGAGCUCAGUGCGAAAGACCGCGAGAUGCUCCAGCUGGUGGAAGACGUCCAGAGACUGCAGGCCAGCCUCUCCACACUCCGAGAGAGUUCAGCCGGGCAGAUCAGUCAACUACAACAGCAGCUCAAGAGCCAGACUGCCACACUCAAGCAACUGGAAGACAAACUGCAGACACAAGCGGACUAUGAGGAGGUUAAGAAAGAGCUCAGCAUUCUGAAGUCGAUGGAGUUUGGGCCGAGUGACAGCUCCACAGCACAGGAUUCAUCUAAACCGUUAGAGGUGUUGCUGCUGGAGAAGAACCGCAGCCUGCAGUCUGAGAGCGCGUCUCUGCGCAUCGCUAACACUGAGCUCAGCAGCCGUUACGCGUCUCUACAGCUGGAGUUCUCUGCAGCAGUGAAGACCAGCGCUGAACAGAAAGAGCUCAUCCUCAAACUGGAACAGGAUCUCAGCACCAUCCAGACGAUGUCACGGCCCGACGCUGAGGGUGCAGACAGCAGCGUGGUGAUCGUCCCUGAGCCCAUUAAAGAGGCCACCGCUCUGUUCUCAGGUGUGGGCGGCUCUCCUCAGAAGGAUCUUCCGCAGGGUCAGAAGGAUUCUCUGCUGUCCAUCAUCUCCAGUCAGAGGGAGAGAUUUCGCUCCCGUAACCAGGAGCUGGAGGCUACCAACAGCUCCCUGCAGCAGACCUUACAGGCUCUUCAGAGCGAGCUCGACAGUCUGCGGGCCGACAACAUCAAGCUCUACGAGAAGAUCAAGUUUCUGCAGAGCUACCCAAACAAAGCUGGAGACAGUGAUGAUACAGUGAUGCGUUACUCGUCUCAGUAUGAGGAGAGACUCGAUCCCUUCGCCUCUUUCAGCAAAAGGGAGCGUCAAAGGAGAUAUCAGAGCCUCAGCCCGUGGGACAAGGCCACACUCAGUCUGGGUCGUGUGAUCCUGUCCAAUAAGACGGCCAGAACGGUGGCGUUCUUUUACACGCUGAUUUUGCACUGCCUCGUCUUCCUGGUGCUGUAUAAAGCCGCCUGGAGUGAGAGUAUCGGCCGGGACUGUGCUGCAUUUUGUGCAAAGAAAUACUCAGACCACCUGCACCGUUUCCAUGAGAAUGGAGACGUAUUGUAGUAGCGGCUUCUAUCCACUAGAGAGCGCCGUUCCCAUCAAUCAUAUUUUUAUGACAUGAGAAUCAUAGAUUGACAUUGAAAUACUGGUACUGGGACCAGGUUAGUUUGGGAAUAUACUGGGUUAAAUAAUAUUAGUAUUAUCGAUACUGUUCAUUUACAUAACGAGAUGUUCUGCAGUUCAUGUUGAGCAUUUCUUCUCUGUUUCUGGCUAUUUUCCUUCAUUAAAUCAAUCAAGUCAAUCAUCUGUAACAUCUGUAACAUCUGUCUAGGGGUGAUCUCUUGUUCUUACAUACAUGAUACUAAUGCUUUACAGAAAAAAAAAUGGUGGUAAGGGUUUAUUUAACCAUGUGCCAGAUAUAGACACAAAGCAUCUGACACUAUAUUUAUUUUUAUUAACCUUUAUUUAAACAGAUCAUCUUUUUCUCUUCAUUUUGUAUAUUCAACUGUUGGGACUUUAGGGAUAGUCUCUUAAAAUUAAAUUUAAGCUUUCAUUGAA